UUAUCUAUUUUCCUCAUUCCACACAACUCACAAAAAUUGAUCAUACUCCUAAGCAUACUAUCAUGAUAUCAUCAACCACCAAUACAACUACCUACAAGUGCUUCUUGUGUAUAUACGUUCUUUGCUUCUUUAUUCAUUGCUGCUCAUCAAAAGACAACAUAACAACAGGAGAAACUAUCAAUGGAACCUAUCAUUUGGAAUCACCAGGAAAAAAAGUUUCAAAUGGGGUUCUUUUCACUUGAAAACGAGUCUGAACGAAGAUACGUUGGGAUUUGGUACGCCAUGGAUCCGAAGACCGUGGUAUGGGUGGCUAACCGUGACAACCCGCUGUCGGAUUCCUCCGGAGUUCUAACAAUCGGAGAAGACGGUGAGCUAAAGGUGCUAGAUGACAAAGACCAAAAGCCUUACUUCGGUACAGCAACAGGCGGGUAUCCUCAGAAGGUGUUACACUUGCUUGAUUCUGGAAACGCCGUUUUAAAAGAGAUUGUUUCAGGAAUUACAAAAUGGGAAAGCUUUAGUAAUCCAACCAAUACUUUUCUUCCUGGUAUGAAAAUGGACGUGAACUUGAAGUUGACAUCCUGGAAAGAUGCCACCGACCCAAGCUCAGGAAGCUUUUCUUUCGAAGAAGAUGAGACGAAUCAAUACGCCAUUAGGAAUAUAGCUAAAGCGACGUAUCAUUGGAAAAGCGGAAGUGGGUCAGUUAAGACUUUUAAUCGAGAGCCAUUGUUCCCCGCCGCAUACUACUUGCUAUCUAAUUCCACUAAACCACUAUACAAAACAAAUUACUGCGAGUCAAACCCCAAGACACUAAACUACUGCAAUUAUUCUGCUAAUUCUUUUGUGUUCAAGAAUUACUCAAGGUUGUUGAUGAAUCAUACUGGACAUAUACAGUAUUUUAGCUGGGAAGAGAUGAAUGAACAAUGGGUUCUGGAUUGGCAAGUGCCAAAGGAUGAUUGCAGUAUUUAUGGGCUGUGUGGAAAGUUUUCAGUUUGCAGCUUAAGUAAUACUACUUCCAGCUGUAAAUGUUUGACAGGAUUUGAACGUAUACCACAACAAGAUGCUUCAGCUGGCUGCAAGCGUAACGUUGAAUUAUCAUGUAAUGAUAGUGAUGAGUUCCAGAAUAUGUCCAUGAUAAACAUUCAAAAUCCAACUCUACCAUUUGUCAAUUAUGAUAAUGAGACAGCUUGCAAGAAACUAUGUCUUCAAAGAUGUGAAUGUGUAGCGUAUUCUUACACUCCUGAAGCCAUAGACCAAUUUAAGAGUGGUCGUCUUGAAAGUGUAAGCAACAGUUGCUGGAUAUGGGACUCAGAUUUAUAUAAUCUUCAAACUGAUGGGAGACAUAAUAUUUCGAUUCGUGUUUCACAUGGCAACUUCAACCCCGCCAAAGGAUCUUCCGGGGGCGAAAGUUCAUCAUCUUUCCGAAAAGAGGCACACAUUUUGAUCAUCAUAAUGACAAUUCUUCUGAUCUUAUUGAUUGGAAGCCUUGGUUAUAUCUACUACAAGAGAUCAGUCACUCGGGAUCAAGGAACAAGUUCCGUGAGUCAAAUGUAUAAUAGUGAAAGAUGGGCCAUAGAAUUACUAGAUCCAGAUCAGUCAAGGGAAGAAGAUACAGAAGGCAUUGGGGUACCCUUCUUUCAGUUGGAAAGCAUACUAGCUGCAACAAAUAACUUCUCGGAAGCUAAUAAGCUAGGACGAGGUGGUUUUGGGCCUGUCUAUAAGGGUAAGCUUCCUGGAGGGCAAGAAGUGGCUGUAAAGAGAUUGUCUAGCGUUUCCGUGCAAGGCCUAGAAGAAUUCAGAAAUGAGGUGAUGUUGAUCGCUAAACUUCAGCACCGCAAUCUUGUUAGAUUGCUAGGAUAUUGCAUGAAGGGAAACGAAAAGAUACUUGUAUAUGAGUAUAUGCCUAACAAAAGCUUGGAUGCAUUCAUAUUUGAUGGAGAACCAAAAAUAUUACUGGAUUGGGCAAAACGGUUUCAGAUUAUAAUAGGAGUUGCUCGAGGACUUCUUUAUCUCCACCAAGAUUCUCGAUUGAGGAUUAUUCACCGAGAUCUGAAAACAAGCAAUAUUUUAUUGGACGAGGAACUAAACCCAAAAAUAUCCGACUUUGGCUUGGCAAAGAUAGUUCAAGGAAGGGAAAUGGAAGCUACCACCAAUAAAGUCGUUGGAACCUAUGGCUAUAUGGCUCCAGAAUAUGCAUUAGAAGGUUUUUUCUCCAUUAAAUCAGAUGUUUUUAGCUUUGGAGUAGUUGUUCUAGAGAUUAUCAGUGGAAAAAAGAACACAGGAGCUCCUAAACUACGACAAAACUUAAGCCUUUUAGGUUAUGCCUGGAACUUGUGGAAAGAAGAUAUACCGUUUGAAUUCAUGGAUCAAAGGCUAUUAGAGUCUAGCAAUUCCAUCGAGGUGUUGAAGUGCAUAAUUGUUGGGCUUUUGUGUGUGCAAGAAGAUCCCGGAGAUCGUCCCAGCAUGACAAAUGUAGUUUUGAUGCUUGCAGGUCAUGAUAUCGCAAGCCUUCCAAAACCAAAACAACCAGCUUUUGUAGCACGAAAAACCAUGUCUUGCUCCUCUUCUUCUUCUUCCUAUAAACAAGAUCAGACAAUAACUAUGACUCUCCCGGAAGCACGGUAAAGAAGCUGGAUAUGCUUGUCAAAUUUCUAAUCAUGCAAGUAUUACUACUUUUUAUGUUGCAACAUUCACAAACCAAUUAGUGGGUUAUAUAUUGUACUUAUAAAGUGGCUAGGUAUAUAUAUACAAGGAUAGGUU